UGGGUUCAUUAUUUGCUCGAUUCGCGUCCAGUUUUCCGGUAGUCCGCGUCGUCCGUCCGCCGUCACCCGCCGCAAACGUUUACAACGAUAGCUGCACAUUACAACCGUAACAUCGUGGAUCGUUCGAGUGGGCCGCCGCGAUAUCGAUAAAUCGGCAAAGAAAACAUUUGUUUUUAUUUUUCGAUUUCAUUCCGCUCGCCGCCGUUCAAUCCGCACAAUGUCUGCCGUAAAGUUCGUCGCCGUGUUUGCCCUGGUGGCCGUGGUCGCGUCGGUGGCCGGUUCGCCAAUGUCGUCGUCCGCGGCUCAGCAGCCGCCUCCGCCGCAUCGCGACCAACAGGACGGUGACAACGACGUGAACCUCGAGCCGCAGCCGCACCACCAAGCACAACACGCCAAGCCGUCGUACGUGAUACGCGAGGAAGAGCUGAUGCGCAAGUUGAACGCCAAGUGCGGCGCCCGGGACGUGUCCAGCUGCGUAAUGCUGAAGCUGGUCACGUACAUGAACAAGCUGAUGAAGAAGAACAGCCUGGAGAUCAGCGACAUGAUGGAGAUCGCCAAGAAGGACGGACCGGCCGAGGAGACGGCCACAGCCGGCGAGGCGUCGGUCCGCGUGGACGGCUCGGCCAGAGGGUACACCGACGAGUCGGCGUUCGGCGAGGUGAUGGCCGACAAGCUGUGGAGGUACGUCCAAUCCCGGGCGCUCAAGAUCAAGGUUCUGCCCGAGGCCGACUUCGUCGUGUCCGCGUCCCCGGAACAAGACGGGUCUCUUAACUUCGGCAUGUCGUUCAGGUCCGGCAAAGACUUGAACGAGUCCGGACGGGGUAAGAACAAGAACAUGGGACCAAUGAUGGCGGCCAUGAUGAUGAAAAUGGGAAUGCUCAAGGUCAUUGCCUUCAAGGUCCUCGCCCUGCUCGUAGGAAAAGCUUUGUUUGUCAGCAAGCUCGCCUUCCUGUUGGCCACCGUCAUCGGACUGAAAAAGUUAUUCAGCCAACAGAAACACGUCACGUACGAGGUGGUAGCUCACCCACACCACGAGUCCCACGGAAGUGACUCCUACAGCUCGGCCGGAUGGGGUCGUUCGUCGUCGGAGGCAGCGCACAACAUGGCCUACUCCGGACAGGGCCAGUAAACACGACGACUUCGUAAUUAUUAGGUAUAUAAGUAACUGCAUAAGACAUCACACGAUGAGCUCAAGUCUUGUACUCUACUGCAGUGUCUAUGCCUGUUCGAACGUUUAGUCAGCACCUGCUCGUCCUCACUUCCGGCGUUCAAUAUAUUAUCUGAACGUCCGUUAAUUUAUUUGAAAAAAAAAACAAACAAGAAUAUCACGUUAUUUAUUAUUUAUUAUUUAUAUUAUAUUUAUUGCGUUAAUUGUUAGAUAGUUUUUGAUAUCCAAUAUAAAAUGAUGUAUUGAAAAAUGUUUUUAAAUGUGCAGUACCUAUUUAUUAUAUGUCAUCUACCCGCGAUCGAUGAUAUAAUAAUAUGCUAUCUACCACACAUUUAGGAUAAUAACUAGAGGUUUCAUUAUUUAUUAAUUUAUAGCUAUUAUUAAUAUCUUAUUUUUGUUAAAGUCUACCCCGGUCUUAAAACAAAGUCAAUGGCUCGUGAACCAAACCAUAUGUUAUGUAGGUUUAAUACUGUUUUUAACCAUAUAAUUGAUAUUAUUUAGCAUUAUAAUAAUAUGUUUAUACUAAAUAAUUUAGUAAUUUUCCAUUCGCACAAUAUUAUUGAAUUUAAUAGCUUACUAUAGUAUGCUGUGUAAGUGUAACUAUGUAUACCUUCCUAGCUUAUUAUAGUAAUACAAUGGAAUACAAGACACGUACAAUAUUUAUAGAAAAUGCAUGAAUGUACUAAUUCACAAAAUAAAUCGUUACCUACCAAUGUACGUAUACCGUAUGUAAUAAUGGAACGCACAAAACAUGUAUCAAUAUCUUAAAGUUGUAAUAAAAUAAAGACAAUUUGACAAAACGCCAA